AGGUUUCAAUGAAUUUUAGUAAAAUUUAGUUAAAUUUGUGAUUAAGCUGACAUUUUACAAUGGAGGUAGCAUUGAAUGAAGUGUUUGCAGCAAUAGACACUUUAUACUGUGAUCAAAGUAAUGCAGCAGCUAGUGAACAGAAAGAAAACCUACACAAAGCUUCAGAGUGGCUGGGCAACCUUCAGAAAUCAGUACAGUCAUGGAAAAUAGCAGACCAGCUACUACACAUGAAGAGAGAUAUCCGAUCUUGCUUUUUUGCAUCUCAAACUCUCCGCACAAAAAUUCAAUAUUACUUCGUGGAGCUCCCUCUGGAAUCACAUGAAAGUUUCCGCAACUCAAUGCUGGACCAUCUGAGCCACAUCACCGACGACACCCACCAGGGCAUCGCUACGCAGCUUUGUGUUGCCGUGGCCGACCUUGUGCUACUCAUGAGCUCCUGGCAAGACCCUUUUGGUGAUAUAUGCAGUGAAUUUGGUGCCGGCGGGCGGAGAUGUAACCUCGUACCUCUGCUGGAGGUGUUGAUAGCUCUACCCGAAGAGCUGAACUCCCGGCAGUUGCGUCUGGGCCAGAAGAGGAGGGAGCACAUGGAGGCUUAUUGCAAGUCACAGGUGCCACGACUCAUCCAGCUACUGCACGCGGUGAUAACAUCAGACAACCGGCAAGAAAUACGAGUGCUGAGAUGCUUGUCGUCUUGGUUUAACUUGCACUGUGCUGAGUGGGAGCAGCUCAUGAACACGAGCCUCGUGAACUUCAUGCUUGCUAUCGUUGCUGAUCCAAGGGUCCCUCCAAGACAACAUGAGAUCGCUACAGACUGCGUGUGCGCUACCAUGAUCAUGCUGGAGGAGGUCCAGAUCCCAGCGCUGUCGCAGGUGCUGUUCGCGUCCGUCCUGCAGCUCGAGGAAGCUUUCCAUAUCGCCGUGGCUCUCGAAGACCUCGCUGCUGUCACUAAUUACGCAAGAAUGUUUGCAGAGCUUGGGGAGACGCUGGUGCCGCUGAUCGUGUCGCAGCAGCCUGACAACAACGCGUCCACGCAAGUCCUGAACCUGUUACUCAUGUGCGUCGGCCAUCACGAGUGGGAGGUCGCCGAAAUAACUUUCAAUUUCUGGUACAAACUCUCUGAGGACUUAUACCGGAAGAAUUGCGACAACGUAAACGCGAUGUUCAUGCCUUACAUUGAACGACUUUUUGAAGCCCUCUACAGACACUGCCAAAUAGACGUCGAUCACGAAGGCGUCUUGCAAGACUCAGAUGAUUUCUAUGAAUUUCGGGAGCGUGUUCAGGAGCUCAUCAAAGACGUGGUGUUCAUCUGCCGCUCGAAGGUCUGCUUCGAUCAGAUGGCCACCAUCCUGCGCGCCCCUGAGACGCUCAAGUCCUGGCAUCUCGUAGAAGCUGCUCUGUUCGUCAUGCAGAGCGUUGCAAAGAACCUGGUUCCAGAGGACGACAAUGCAGUAGUGACGGAAGUGGUGGAGGGCGUACUGAGUCAAGCGGCCCCUGCUGUGGAUGGCACGUGUGGGGGGGUGCACGUGCAAGUCGCCCUCACGUCCCUACAGCUGCUGGCUGAACUUAACGAGUGGUUCUCUUACCAUCCCGCCCUGCUGCCUAACGUGCUCACCUUCUGCACCCAGCGCCUGCACUGCCCACCUCUAGCUACCCUCGCAGCAAAGGCACUGGACGCGAUCUGCAGCUGCUGCCACGCACACAUGGAGCCUCAUUUCGUGGGCCUCAUGCAGAUCGUCUGCUCGCUCGACUCCAUGAUGGUGUCCAACACCGCGGUCAUUGGACUUCUUAAGGGCGUAACUAACGUUCUUAAUCAGUUCUCUAACGCAGCCAUCCGCACCCAUAUGGAUAAGCUGUGUGGGCUGCAAGUCGACCAUCUUACCAGACUGCUGCAGAGCCCCACUGAGUCUGCGGAGCGCGGCAGUUCAGACGACCCGAUCAUUUGGCUGGACCGCCUCAGCGCCGUCUUCAGACACGUCAACCCCAGCCUCGCUCCUGGGGAGGAACAUCCUUGUCGGGAUGUGGUCAUGAAAGUUUGGCCAGCCAUCUCCGGCAUCAUGGAGAAGUACAGGCACGACGUACGUGUCAUGGAGCAUUGCUGUCGCUGUCUCAGAUUUGCUGUGCGUUGUGUGCAUAAAGCCAGCGCUCCCAUGCUGCCUCCUCUCGUCACCACCAUCGUGAAGCUGUACGGGGAGUCGGGGCACUCGUGCUUCGUGUAUUUGGGCAGCAUCCUUGUGGACGAGUAUGGCACCGAGGCAGGCUGCGUGUCGGGGCUCAUCUCGAUGCUCGAGGCCUUCACUCCUAAGACCUUCGAGCUCCUUAUCCAGCCUCAAGGAUUCAAGAACCAUCCAGACACAGUUGACGACUGGUUCCGACUUUGUACCAGAUUUCUGCAACGCUGUCCGCUGCCGUUCCUGCAAUGUCCUGUAAUAAGCACGAUUAUCGAGUGCGGGCUUCAGGCCUGUCUCCUUGACCACAAGGAUGCCAACGCUGCUGUGCUCAAAUUCUUCCAGGAUCUGCUGCUGUGUGGGCUCAAGGGAACAGAAUCCCCAAGCUACGCAGCGCGACGAGAGAUGGUCGAGAAAGUGCUGUCCCCACACUCGUCCAAGCUCGUGGACAACCUCAUAUCAGGGGCCAUCUUCGUCCUGCCUCCCUACAUGCAUCACGAGGUCGCUGAGACUCUAUUGCAGCUUUGUCAGUUCGAUCGCGGCCGCUUCUGUGCGAUGCUGGAAGCCAAGCUACGCACCAUCCCCCGCAACAACUCCAGCGGCCACGCGGUUGUGACCUUUGAGCAGAUCCAGGAGCUGCACACUACCAUCACCAGCGCCACGCGGUCCAAGGAGAUCGCUAAAGCCCUCAUCGAUUUUUCGCGCUAUUAUACUUGACCGUCUUCCUCCCAGGCUGCAUGCAACGGUUUCUUGACGAAUAGACGCUUCUGCAUUGCCAUAUUGGAGACUUUCUUAUCGUUCGCCUGCAUUAUUAACUUCAGAAUGAAGUUCUAUUUCUGCAUUCACGGUUUAUUAUUCAAUCCCGCCUUGGUAGUCUUACGGAAUGUCCUCCUCGUGCUGUGAAGUUCUCAUCUCUACCAUGUAAUCUUAGUCUCGCAUUACAUUCGGCCGAUUUUCUUCUGUUCUUUGAUUUUAUUAAAGUCAUGCAAUGUGCUUUUCCACCUAGCCAGAACCAUUGCAAUAUCCUUAUUCGUUCUCAUGCUUCGCUUCCUCAUUAACCUUACGCUGUUAAGGAGCGUUGUGUGAAUAAUUUUCUGCCAUGCUUACUACAUGACAGACAAUUAUAUGAUUUCCUUGAUGAUUGGUUUUCUGUUCCGAUUCGAUAAUUAGCUAUACAUAAUUAUGAGAAAUAAGUUUUCUUGAAAACAAACUGUCUUUGAAAGAUCAGUGAGGUUGAGAACUACGUAAUGUUGCCCAUAUUUCCAUAAAUUUUCAUUAAGAACGUCAAAGAUGAUUAACGACGCAAGACGUCAUGCCAGCAGUCUUGAUGAACGUUCAUGCAUUACUUAAACCUAAAAUUGGUUGAUAACACUUGAAUCUUUGACGUUCAGAUGUUCAUUCCCCACUUUUGGUUUUCUUUAGCAAUGUUUCCAGCCAAACUUAUUUGAUAAAAUCUUGUAAUCAAUAUCAAGUCGAGGGUGAAUGGAUACGCACCCUCGGCCUCCUGUAGAUGGCGAGAGCAUGAAGUGAUGUGGGUGUAUUUGGUACGGUCAGAAUCAGUCGUAUGGUCUGGAUAGUUCCUCUUGAAUUUUGUGGUUUCGGAAAUACCUUAUUUUUGUUCCAUUUUGGCUCAGGCCAUCGUUACUAGUAUCAAAUGUGUGCAGUAAUAUUUUGUUCCUAUUUCGAUGCUCCCAUUCUCUUUCUAGUUAGCUGGUAUUCAGUAAGUAUCGGAGGAAAAGCCUUACCGAUUUGUAUAUACCAUUUCUUCAUAUCGAUACUUGACUAACUAAAUUAUUUCAGUAUUCCCAACUCUAUCCGGUCCUUGUUUAUCCACCCAUUGGCAGAAAUCAUAAAACCGUUCUUAAAUUUAUUUUCAUCGUGGAAUCUUCCAACGUUAUUCAUGAACCUGCGUUCAUGGCAUGUAAUGGUAUUUUUACGUCCCUUAAUGCAAUCAUUUGUGUGUCGUUUAUUUUCUGUUUUCUUGCUAUAUUUUGUCUUAUUAAUUAUUAUUAAUUGCACAUCAGUUCAUCCCAUCAUUCAUGUUCAUUUGGAGGAAGUGUUCUCAUUACUCACCGAUAUUUUGUGAAGUGAAUAAUGCAGAUAUAAAUAUUGUACAUAUCUUGUGUUCGGGAAUUUUAAAUUGUACCCAUAUGAUAGGAAGGUAUUUCAUAUGAUAAUAAUCUAUAGAGUUUAUUUCUGCAAUCGUGGCCUACGAGCCAUUGUAUAUAAGAGCAGUUAUCUCUUUAUUGAUUUUCCCUUACUCCU